AUGGAUAUUAAGAACCAGGAACAAAUAUGCCACGACAACCAUGCCUCAAGUCGCUCCAAUCGCAUCAAUGCCGACACAGCAAUGCGCAAAAGCUGUCUCGCAGCCGGCAUCAUUGACCUCCCUACGAUUCAGCGCAACCGCAAUCCAGAACGCAGACAGCUCGGAAGCUUCCUGAACAGCCUUGGCGGCGUAGCCGCCUCCUUCUUUUCCAGGGAAAGCAUCGCGCUUCCAAUACCAACUGCGAUACCAAGUUCGCCAGCUCUUACAUCUGCACAAACAACCACACCAGCGCAAACAUCACGAGCCCCGUCGGCAACACAAACUGCACAAAGCAGUGCGCCAGCACCAACGACCUUCGCUUCUUCCGUGAGCCCUACGGUCUCACAAGUAUCUUCGGAUUCCGUGGCCUCGCAAACUGCUGCAGCGUCGACUUCCCAGAGCUCGAAACCAUCCACGGGCCUCAUCGCAGGCGCCGCAGUCGGUGGCAUAGCCGUCGUAAUCCUUCUCGCCAUCCUAAUAACACUAUGUCUCCGCCAUAAGCGCAAGAAGCGGGAAGCGCCACUCCCCUACAAACAUUCUCCUAUGCUCGACAACGCGUCUCAUCGCAGUCUGGACGAAACGCUCGUGGAGCGCACCCCGAUGGUUGAACCGCGAACACCACACUAUCAGCAAGAGGUACCUAUUGGUGGCUACGUACAGAACGAGAAGGCCGCGUACAAGGCUGGUAAUAAACCAUUACCAGUGCCCGCGCAGGUGGAGAUGGAAACGAGCGCGAAUGUGUGGGAAUUGGACGCGACGGAGAAGCCGAGGCCGAUACGGGUGGGAUUGGAGUCACCGAUUAUUGCACAUGGGCAGAUGCGGAGCGAACGAAAUGAAAGAAGGAGAAACCAUCGUGACGAACUACAUUUCUAA